UUUGUGUGUGUGUCCUUGUCUGCAGGAGGUGGCUGUGCCUACCGGUGCCUCCUUGCCUGCAGGCAGCUUCUCAGGAGAUCCCAUGGUACAUGGUUCCCACCAGCCAAUUCUUCCAGCUGCAGUGUGUCCAAAGAGACCUGAGCCUCAGCGUGGGGUGGCUGGGGCUCCGCGUGAGUGCAUUCAUUGCCUGUGAGUGUGGUCCUCAGCCAGCGCCCACACCUGUUUGUGUUUGUGUGCACGUAGGUACAUAUAUGUGUUUGAACACAGGUAUGUGUAUGAACACACACAUGCAUGCGUGUGGGGUUGUGAAUAUGCUGGUACAUGGAUAUGUGUCGUGUGUGUAUGCAGGUACAUGUAUGUGUGUGAAGGUGCACACGCAUGCUUGUGUGCAUGUGUGUGGCUGUGGUGCUGGAAAACAGUCUCCGGUGUCACCGGGAGCCGGCCAGCUUUCUUGAGACACGGUCCCUCGCUGUUCUGAACUGGCCUGGUUGGCUGGGCCGAGGGGCAGCGAACCCCAGGGCUGCCUGCCUUAGCUUCGGGCGCUUAGCUUGGCUUUUAUUUUGCGUUGACUGGGGACUGAACUCAGGUCCUGGCUCAAAGUACCUUACUGGCCAAGCUAUCCCCCAGCCUGACUAGAGUUAGUAAAUGUAUAGUUCAGUAGCGUACACGAACAUGGAUGUGUGUUUUCGUGUGUGUGUGAGUGCCCUUGUCUGUACAUGUGUAUAUGGAGGUUGUCACUGGGCAUCUUCCUCUGCUGUGUUGAGACAGUGGACAUGAAGCUCAGCGUUGUGGCUAGACUUGUCCAGCGAGGCCCCAGACCCCGUCUUUCCCUAAGGGAGGUGACAGGCCCUGUUGCCACGCCCGGCUUUCACACAGGUGCUGAGAUCCGUCCUCAGGCAUCAAGCCUUCUCCCCCUGAGCUGUCUCUUCAGCCCCAGGACCUUUAUUUGAAACCCUGAACGCAUUUAACACCCCUCACCCUCCGUCUCCCAGCCUGGCAAUCGACUCUCCCUCUUCUGUCUAGUGUUUCACUCUGCUGGCACACGAACCCAUUUGUGCCGCUGUGACAGAACACCUGAGAGUGGACAGUUUAUAAAAAAGAAAAACUGACGUCCCUGAGACUGGAAAGCUCGAGGCCUGGUACCCUGGGAGGGCCAGGUCUCUGCGUCCACGAUGGAGCCUUGAAUACAGUAUCUCUGUGCGGCAACAGAGCACAGGGAGCAAACUCCCUCGGCGAAGUCCUGUGUGGUGGCAUUAAUCCAUGCUGCACUCUUCACUGCGCCUUCGAUCUCCAGCGCACUUGGGUGUCUCUGGAGCCGGGCCUCAUGUUUCUCUGUGACUGCCUUGAUUCUCUGAACUCUGUCCUAGGAGUUCCAACUGUGGCAGGCUCUCCCUCUUUCCCAUGUCCAGGGCGCACAGGGGGCGCUUCUCCCUCCAGCCCUGGCGGUGGCCACGCCCUGGCUCCAGCUGUGGACCAGCCGUCUCCCUGGCGGCUGCCAGCGGUUCAGGGUGUCCGGGUUCCCCACACUUUAUUUCCUUUUCUUUGUUUUUGGUCUCUCUGCUUUUAUUGUUUUACAGUCCUGCCCUGGGGUGCGGUUGGGUGUGAGGCAUCGUCUUCUUGGGUGUGUGUGCCACAGUGCACAGAUGGGCUCAGUUCUCUUCUCCCGUGACUGCGUGGGUUCCGGUGCUGGAACUUGGGUCCUGGCGAUUCAGUAAUGGUCAGUGCUGCUGAGCCCUAUUCUGCGCGCUUGGGGACCAUGUGUGUCACACUUGGAGGCAUCUGGCGUUAAGUCCAGCUAUCUGACAUUUUGGUGACAUUUUAGAGUCUGUGUGUCUGGACACCCAGGUGUGGCCACGCCUUAGCAGACAGAGCCUCUGCACACCUGCCCUGCACUGGGUAAGCCACCUUUCUCCUCUGGCUGCUUUUUGUUGAUGCUUUCGGUGUCACACCCAGACUGGACAUAAACUCUAAGCCCCUCGUCAUGUUGUGUUCUUCUGUGUUCUCCUAAGGGCCUCUUCAGCGUAAAUCCUGUGUCCAGAUCUUUAGUGUACUCUGAAUUAAGUUUUAUAGAUGGCUAACUAUUUUAUAGACUUGUGUGUGUGUGUGUGUGUGUGUGUGUGUGCACGCGUGUGCAGGGACACCAUAUGUACCCAGUGCUCAUGGGUUCCUUGGAGCUGGAGCUAUAGAUGGUUGUGAGAUCCCUGACAUGGGUGCUGGGAACUGACCCCCGGCCCUCCCUGAGCAGCCAGUGCUCUUGACCACAGAGCUUUUCUCCAGCCCCAGCCCUCCCACUUCCUUUCUUUUGGCCUCAUUAUUUUUAAUAUGUUUUGUUAUUGUUUGUUUUUAAAAUUUGGAGUAGGCUCUCUCCAUGUAGCCCAAGCUGGCCUCCACCUCAGUGUGCAGCCCAGGCCUUGUGGUGUUUUUACAGAGGAGAAGCCUGGUGUUUUUGAUGGUUUGCUUUGUGGAGUCUGAAUUUUUGUAGCUGGUGCCUGGUGUCGACUCACUAGGACAACCCGCUGCAAACAAGCCCUUCUUUGUUUUCUUCUGGAAACUUCGUAACUUCAGCAUUUUCACUUUGGUUUGUAAGUCCUCGCUAGUGUUUGUGUGGGGGCUGAAGCUUUUUUUUUCCCAUGAGAAUGUCUUUUGUAGACUGCUGCUGGGGAGUUCUCUGCCUUGCUGAGUGGUGUGUGGGUGCUGGAACGCCCCCAUUCCCCUAGAAUUGCUGGGUUCUGCUGCUGCUGCUGCUGCUGUGGGUCCGGGAUCUGUGGGGCUGCUGCAGGCUGCGGCUGCUGCCACGCUGGGAUUCACAGAUGCAGAGAUUUGGGGGGGGGUGCUGGGUCGCUCAACAGGAGUCCCAGCUGCUGUGUUCUCUGGGACUGCUGAAGGCUCCCAGGGGCACUGGCCUUCAGGGAACGCUGGAGCCCACGGCUGACCCCUUGAACCAAUGGCUGCAUACCGCCAGCAUGCAGCAUCUCAGAGUACCCGUGCCACAGGGGGUGGGCUCCACUGAGUCAGUGGGCCCAGCCCACCCACUCCCCUCUCCUGCUGAGUGGGCCAUCCCUGUGUGAGAGCACCUCCCUCUACAGACCUGUGCCUCCCUCACACUGCCUAAGUGUGGGCUGAGCCACCUUCUGGGCUGCAGAGCUGGGAACCUGCUGUCCUUUGCCAUUUCUCCUCCCUGUCAGACCUUCAGUUGAGGGUGCUCAGGUGUCCCUGGGCCCCGAGGCUUCCUGCCUUCUCUUCCCCAUGCCUCUUCUCUUGUACUUGCAGCCCUGCCCAGGCCCCCAUCAGCCUGCGUUGUAUUCAUGCUUCCUCAUCGUCUGUGUGCCUCUGCUCCUCCCCCGCCCAGUAAGACAGCACUUGUCUGCUUCAGCAUCAAUUCAAGGCUCCAUGGAGCAGAUUCCUGUAGGAUCCACACAGACUUGGCUCUAGGCAGUCACCACAGAGGCUGCCACAAUGGAAGGCUGGAGACACAGCACAGCUUGGAGGACCUUACCUGUGCUUGGUGGAGGCUGUUCUCAGGGCUUCCUGUGGACAGUGGUCUGCCCUGCGCAGGAGGCCCCUGUGCUUCUCCCUGCUCACCUGCUUCCCCUGGGGUGGGUAGGGGUCCCCAGGCAAGGCACUGUGGGAGUUUCCGGACAGCAAUAGCUCUGGAAGUGGACUGCUGAUUACUGUUCGUGUGGAAGCAGCCUGAGAACAAAGAGCUGCUGGCUGGAUAGUGUGGGCAGUGGUAGCCAGCCUGUAGCGCCUCUGGGCCUGCAGCGCCUCCUGCACAGAACGCUUUUUUAAAAGGUGAAGAAGCAGCAGAGACCUGACUGUGAACCUGGAGCAGCUUUUGGUGGGCUCUGCUGCUGCUGCUGAGAGCUUCGAGUAAAGCACUUCCUAGAGCUACAGAUUUGUUCUGCGGUGGGACGGCUCCUGGUUGGCUUCCCAAGGAGAUGCUUUGAACUACGGUGUUUGUCAGAGUUGGGGGCUGGAGGGGUAGCUGCUCUCCCAGAUGACCCGGGUUCAAUUCUCAGCACCCAUAUGGCACUCACAACUGUCUGUAACUCCACUUCCAGGGACUCUGACUGACACCCUCACAUAGACAUACAUGCAGGCGAAACACCAAGGCACAUAAAUUAAAAAGAUAAUCUUAAGGUUGGUAAUGCAAUUUAUAAAUACUUGAGGGUUCUAAAGAAAAAUGUUUUAAGGUUGGUAAAUGCAAGUUAUAAAGGUUACAAGGUCUAAGGUGAUUUAAGGUAUCUUAAGUAAAUAAAAAGGCUUAAUAUUUCUUCCUGUUAUGCUACUGUUGUUAUGCUACUGUUGUAUUGACUGUCCAGAGCUUUGAUCUUUAUUAAUAGGGCUCUAAUUUAUUAAUAUGACUCUGAUACAAAAACAUUCCACUAUACCACUAUGCCACUAUUAUGGUCCUAAGCUCAAGAUUGUAAGCCUCCAUAAAGUCUAUGCUUACACUAAAGUUAAAAUCAAGUGAGUUUCCCUUUUACUUCAUAAAAGGCUUUUGCCUUUUCAGAGUUCACCUUAAAAAGUACUUAUGCUGUUAACACAUAUGUAUGUCUACUGCCUUUUUCUCAAUGCACAGUACAAUUGUGAUACUAACAUGUCUAAAGUUUUAUCUCCUUCUUAAACCUUAAAAGUAAUUCUUGUAAGCUGUAGAAAGUCCACCUAAAUCUACCUCUCAGGACAACUGGACUCCAGAUAAGUACUGCACUUAUUGCCUAUCUCAAAAGGUAGGACUCCUCCCUUUUCCCUGGUUUUGGGACUUCCUUUCCUGGCUACCAGACUGCUAUUUACUGCAUGCAACCACUGGCUGGAUUGGUGAGUUCUCCUUAUUGACCAGCCACUAGAUUGGUGAGUUCACUCCAUUUUCUCAGCAUAAACGCCUCUCUUGGUAGGGGAAGCUUGACCACAGAGCUCUGGCAACUUCCUACUAUCUUUUGAGAUGGAGGGACCCCCCCCCCCAGCCAUAGCCUUAAUUGUCUAGGUUUGACCCUCUAUGCUGACUUUCAUUUUCGGGCCACACUCUCCCCUGGGUGGUACACCCCCUCUACAGGUUCCUUCCCCCACCUUGCUUGCACACACGCUCGCUCGCUCAUGGGAAGGUCCCUCUCUCACAUGGUUCCUCUACUUCUCUGCCCCCAGUGGAAGAUGCUCAGAUGCCCGUCCCUCCAGACAGGCUGGAGAAUUUCAGGUUUCUAUACCUAGUGCCAGCUGGCACCAGGGCCUCUAAGUUUACACGCUUCUGUAACCAAACCUCACCUCAAUGACAGAUCGAAAACAAAGCCUUCUUUAAAUAUUGCCAGUGACUGGGUAAAUAAAGGUCCCCAGGUAGACAGAGGUUCCCAUGUACAAGCCUCAUCGAUCCAAACCUUUCGAUGUAUUCCUACAGGAUUUUCUCCCUACUCAACUUUAUCUUUUGCCUAUAUAUGUGUUUCAGUGUCCUGCCAGACACAGAUGUUUCCUAUAGCCACAACAGCGCCAAAGCAGCUGCAGGUGUUCAGCUCUGACCUCACAGACUUCCAACAAGCUGGACCUGCACCUUCCCUCCCAGCCAUGGGUGUUCUUGCAGACCUGGGACAGCAUCAAAGCAGCCUAUUCUUCCUGGACUUGGCCAACAUUUCAGCCUUUUGACCUCCCUACAGCCCCCCCAGUGUCAGCAGGAAGUAGCCAGGAGAGAAUCUACUCCCAUUAUUCACUUGUUAACAAAAGGCUGAAGUGGUGUGCUUCAGGACCAGGACAAGCGGCUCCAGGUUCUCCCAGCGUUCCCCAGUUCCUACCUGUUGCCUUGCAUGGCUGGCAAUUCUCUCUGUUGACAACCCUCUACCCUAAAUUUUCCAGGGCAGAGGCUUCCCUUACUCUUGACCUUACAAUCUGACCAUUUUGUUGCUAUAAUUCUUCUCUCUCUCUCAACCUCUUGCAUGACAACCAAGAGCUGCUUCCAAUGAGCCUAAAUUUAUAUACUUUAACUUACCUUAUAAAAGGCAGCCCAAGAUCCCCAUUUUUAAUUAUAGAAAAAGGGAGGAAUGUUAGUAUUUUGGAACACAAGCUGCUUCUGGGUUGCCCAGCAACCUGUCAUGUGUCGUCAGCCAGCCAGGUGACCACACCUGGAGGGCGUGGUUACCUCCUGACUUAAAGGGCCCACCCUGACACGUGGUCCCUCUCUUGCCCUCUCUCUCUCUGGGGUGCCCCCCCUUUCUCUUUCCCUUUCCCUCUUCCCCUAAUAAGCCUCCCACGUGGAACCGAUCUCAUGGCGUGAUUUGUGAACCCGCGUGUAACCUUCACAGACGCACGUUUCCCAACAUUCCUACGUUUCCUAACACCAUCGUCUGCUGUCCCCUAGGCUCAAACAGUGGCUCUUCAUCUCGGUUUGUGUCAGUGGCCUCUGGAGGGUGUGCCAUGGUGCGGGUUGUUGGGCCCCCCAGGAGUCUCUGAGCCGAGAGGCCCAGAGUGGGUUCUGGCUCCUGCUGUUUUCACAAGCACUGGGUAGUGCUGCUAGGUCGAGGGCUGCAGUUUGAUUACUGCGCUCUGGAGAAGUAAGGGCAAAACCAAAGCGGGCGGGGCAGAGCGGAGUGAGGAGGGCAGGGCCCAGAGCUGAGUCUGCGAUGCAAGUGUUCAGAGGUGGGCAUUUGAGAGGUGACUGGUCCUGAGGACACUGAUCUGUAGAAUCGAUGACUCCAUUUGUGAGUUCACAGCUGGAUGGGCUUGGGAGAAGGGGUGGGGUACAGGUGUGGCUCCGCGGUAGAGAGCGCAUUUAGUAUGUACAUAGCAUGUUCCCUAGUACUACAGAAGACAAAAGUAAAACACACACACUUUGCUGUGCCCCCGGGCCUCUCCCCUUCUGGGCUGGCAGGAUUAGAGCAGCUUGCACCCAUAAUGUUCCUUGUUGUGGUGUUUGGCCUUAUCACAGGCUUAGAAGUAACAGCUCGCUGAGCACUGACUGAGCCCUCGGAAACCGUGAGCCCAGACAAAUACCUCCUCCUUAAGGUGACUUCCUUGAGUGUUUUUCACAGUGACAGAGAAUUAACUAACACAGGGUCCUUGGCUGCCCGAGUUUUCUCAGCCCUCUUCCCAAAUGGCUCUGGCUUGUGUCGAGGUGACAACAACCAGCCGAUGUUGCUCUAGCCUUAGCCAUGGGUACCUGCUCCCCCUGCCUGGCGCCUCUGUCCUCUGCUGUGUUCUGCCCUGACUCUUCACGGAGACCUUGGCCACCGGUGGAAACAUUACCGUCUUCCUUGCAUACUCUUGUUUACAGCUGCCGCUGUCCCUGCUGUAGCAUGUUAUCCAUUGCUGUCUUGUCACUUGAAGGCAAACUCAAGAAGGACAAGAGUUGUGUGUCCAGAACAGGAACUUAAAGAUGUGUGACCAAGCCAGAGAAUGCCUCAGCAGCAAAUGGACACAGAGAAACGAGAGCAGAACAGCCGUGUCGGCUGUGACAGUUGAGUCACCCUGGAGCCUGUGUGGCCCUAACUUCUGAGCUGGGAGAUCAGCAGUGACGGCCUGCUCCGAGCCAGACAUGGAUCUUGAACUCUCAGCCUCUGGACCUCUGAGCUCCCAGCAAGUGGUCAAAGGCAGGAGAACACAGACCAAGCUUUCACCAACCAAAGGAGCCCCAGCCUCCAGUAAGCCCCACCCUGCAGGCUCCACCGCUUCCCGGUCUUGCUUUCCCUUUGGCUCUGUCCCCACUGAGAAGACCGCUGUCCCAGGCAUGGCGCGUGCUACUGGACCUGUACGGAGGCUGCUGGCCAUCUACACUGGCGGCACCAUUGGCAUGCGGAGUGAGGGCGGAGUGCUGGUGCCUGGGAGAGGCCUGGCUGCGGUCCUGAGGACUCUUCACAUGUUCCAUGAUGAAGAAUAUGCCCGGGCCCACCGCCUGCCCGAGGAUACGCUGGUGCUGCCCCCGGCCAGCCCUGACCAGAGGAUCAUCUACACGGUGCUGGAGUGCCAGCCACUCUUCGACUCCAGUGACAUGACCAUCACUGAGUGGGUUCAGAUUGCCCAAACCAUAGAGAGACAUUACACACAGUACCAGGGCUUCGUGGUCGUCCACGGCACGGACACCAUGGCCUUCGCCGCCUCAGUGCUUUCCUUCAUGCUGGAAAACCUGCAGAAGCCGGUCGUCCUCACCGGAGCCCAGGUGCCCAUCCAUGCGCUGUGGAACGACGGCCGUGAGAACCUGCUGGGGGCCCUGCUCAUGGCAGGCCAAUACAUCAUCCCUGAGGUCUGCCUGUUCUUCCAGAACCAGCUCUUUCGGGGCAAUCGGACAACCAAGGUGGACGCUCGGAGGUUUGCAGCCUUCUGCUCCCCCAACCUGCCCCCUCUGGCCACGGUGGGUGCAGAUGUAACAAUCAAUCGCGAGCUGGUGAGGAAGGCCAGCGGGAAGGACCAUCUGGUGGUUCACAGCAGCAUGGAGCGUGACGUGGGCCUUCUGCGCCUCUACCCUGGGAUUCCUGCCUCUCUGGUCCGGACCUUCCUGCAGCCCCCACUGAAGGGUGUGGUGAUGGAGACCUUCGGCUCUGGGAAUGGGCCCACCAAGCCAGACCUCCUGCAGGAGCUGCGGAUGGCAGCUGAGCAGGGCCUGAUCAUUGUCAACUGCACCCAUUGCCUUCAGGGGGCAGUGACUUCGGACUAUGCAUCUGGCAUGGCCAUGGCAGGAGCUGGCAUUGUCUCAGGCUUCGACAUGACUUCAGAGGCUGCCCUGGCCAAACUGUCCUAUGUGCUGGGCCAGCCAGAGCUGAGCCUGGACGACAGGAAGAAGCUUCUGGCCAAGGAUCUUCGUGGGGAGAUGACGCUGCCCACAACGGAUGAACGCCGGUCCUUGCUGCAGGAUGGCAUGCUGGGCUGCAGGGUGGAAUGGCUUCUCAGUCUGAAUGGCGGCCAGGAGGCUGAUGCCAUGAAGGAUGUCCUGAUGCCCAGCCUGGCCCUGGCUGCAGCUCAUGCUGGUGACCUGGACACUUUGCAGGCCUUUUCGGAGCUGGGUGGAGACCUGAACCUGAAGGACUACAGCGGUCAAACCCCGCUGCACGUGGCUGCGCGGAGGGGCCAUACUGCGGCGGUCUCCGUGCUGCUGCAGAGGGGUGCGGAUGUGAAUGCCCGCAAUGAGGAUGGCCAGAGCCCGCUGCUGCUGGCUGUGAGGGGCAGGCAUCAGGACAUCAUUGGGCUGCUGCGGGCCGCUGGGGCUUGCCUCUCUCCCCAGGAGCUGGAGGACGUUGGGACAGAGCUGUGCAGGCUGGCAUCCAGGGCGGACAGCGAGGGCCUGCAGGCGUGGUGGCAGGCUGGGGCUGACCCGGGACAGCUGGGCUAUGAUGGACGUUGUGCCCUGCAAGUAGCUGUCGCGGCUGGGAAUGCAGAUAUAGUGGUCCUGCUGCAGAGCUUUAAGGACAGGGUUGGCGCCCAGCCCCAGGCCCACUAAGUCCUGGGCUGGGCCCAUGUCUACUCAGUGAGCUCCAGCUGGUCUGCAGCUGGAGCCUGGCACCUGGUGUUCCAGAGCCAGUUCUGGAGACAGCCUGAGGAAGUGGUGUCCAGAGCCUUCUUGGGGACCUCUGGAAGGAGCACAGUCUGCUGGAGACAGUGGCUGCUGGGACUUCAUGCGGGAGAGGCUCUCCUCAGACUUUCACCGGAGCCAGUCUCGGGCUGUUCCCAGCUGACAUCCAUCCCCGCUGCAUCAUUUGGUGUAUUGAGAUUGGCUGGGACUGCCUGGAUUCCAUACGCAGGCCCCUGGGGUGGAGUGGGGGAGCCCUGCCUCAGGUGCACCUUCCCUACAUGGCGGCGACGCAGCCUCAGCAGACCUGUCUCCAAGAAGUGCUCCUCGGCCCUCAGCCCUCCUGCAGCGGGAGGAUUCCUCACUGCCUGAGGUCCCUCAGGCGCACACCAGCUGCUUCUGCUAAACUGCUUCCCAGCCUGUUGGCACGACAGGCUCUGGAGGUCUCUGUUGAGCGGGAAGAAUGUCAAUAAAGUUGUUGUGGGGACAGAG